GCAGGCCUCCGCGAGUCCUCAGGGGCCUCAACGGUUCCAUCCCGGUGGGUAACGGGGCCCAGGAAACCAUCAGAAGCAGGAAAUGCGUGGGCAUCAGCUGUCAUGGGCAGCGUGGCCGACUGCUUCCCGGGCUAAUUCUGCACUACUCGGCCCUCAGCCCGACCAGCGUCCCCCCCCCACUGAUCGACUCCGGUUUGCCCUACGAGUAUUGCGCACGCCGAAUAGGCCAAUCUGCCAUGGCUUGACGUUUGCCCGGCAGGAUGGGUCCUCCUUCUUCUCCUCCUUUCCCUCUUUUUUCUUUUUUUCCCUUUUCCCCCCUUCUCCCCUCUUCCUGGGUUGUCUUCGCGGUUUCUUUCCCCUCUUCGCUCCUCUCCUCUCCUCCCUCCACCCUCCUUCUCCUCCCCCUCGCUAGUCCUGUUCGUGAUGGACCGUGUCAUUCUGCAUCGUCCUCGGGCACAGAAUUAAGGGUCGAUUCGAUUGAUGGGUGCCUUGCAUCGAUCUCGGCAGUCGCAUUCAGCA